ACAGGUAUAUUGUGGAAGGUUGUUUUCAAUACAGAAUCCCGACCCUAAUUUUAAUACCACAGAAGAAGAAUCCCAACAGUGCUUCAGAAACGUGGAGCAUACGAACUUAUGCUCACUCUUUAUUAUUUUUGUCAUUUUCGAGGUAGUGCUAAAAUAAUGCUAUAACAGCUUAAAUCCGAAUAUAACAGUGGGUCUAAAUGACGUAUCAAUAGAAAGAAAACGUUUUAUAAUUAAAUGCAAAUGAAAUAUACAAUUGUUUAUUAUUGCAGUCGCUAGUAUUAUAUCUUGAAUGCAUUUGACCGAGCUAGCUAGCCAUAUUUCUAAAAGGUUAGACAAGCGGUAUUCAAGAUUGUUCAAAGAACCGGAAUAUCAUUUUCAAUAAACGUUAUACAGUUUAUAGGGAGAGAUUGAAUCCCACCACACAUCAAGUUCCGCCAGGUCUGUACUUCUGAUCGCUUCAGAUGCUGGGAAUUCAUGAAACUGGAGAUAAUGGCUCUCUGCCAUCAAGGACAUAUCGCUGUAUGGCAUGUUCAGCCACCUUUUCGGGACUGUCCUCUUUACUCGUGCACCAGGCAUCUCAUGCAAAUAACACCAACUCACCUGAUGGGAAUCAACCACCACUCGCUCUCCAAGUUUCCUGCAACAAUUGUAGAAGCACGUUUUCCAGCAAGGAUCUUUUGGACAAGCAUCAUUGCAGUGCCCCGCCCAUCUCUGCCUCUUCCGCUAUUUACGUCUGUGAGUGUGGGGAUAAGUUCCAAGAUUUGAAUGCCAUGCUUGAACAUAAGCAGUUACACAAGACACAGAUGGAUGUACAGGAGCCCCUGGCAAUAAAGGAGGAGAAAGCAGUAGGAGAGAGCAUAAACAGCCCCAGCCAUUCAGACCCUAUGCAUGCAUCUUGUAGUGAGAGCUUUAAUCUUACUUCUCAUUCCAUUCUAUCCUCACAUGUCCAUCCACCUAGCCCCCAAAUCUCUCAGUCAGCUACUGAAGACUCUGUCUCUGAAGUGAGCAAUAAGGAGAUUUUCAGUCAUGCUCCCUCACCUGUUGCACAGUUAAACAACAUACCUUCUUUAAAGCAAGUUGCACCCAUUCCUGUUUCCAACUCACCUGAAUUAAUUUUGGCACCAACCAUUACAGCUCUAAAAGAUGACUUAGAACACAGAAGUGUUGCGGAUGUGAAUUCUGUCUCAGACUCAGUCAGUCCUGUUCAUAGCGAUGCGGUUCUGCAAAAUGAUCAACAGGAUGUAAAGCCACUAAAGAAAACUUUAAAGACAAUGCUGGUGUCUGCUUUCAUGGAAAGAUUGCCACCAGCCCAGGUAGCCUUUGGGGCUAACAAGGAAGAAAUAUCAAAACCAGUGGGAUCGCCAUCAGUUAUAGCUUCUGAAUCUGUAGAGGGAUCAUCAAUUAGUCAGUUACUAUGUAAAUCUGGGACUAAAACGAAGCAGCAAUUGGCUGGUGCUCUUAAGAAUCUUGGUAAUACUGUUAGUUUGACUAAGGUUUUUCUACCUGUGGUGGCACUUGAGACGCGUCGAAAGUUAGUUGGGGUCAGUGAAAAUGGCCAAGAAGGUAGACAUCAGUGUGGACUCUGCCGGAGGAUUUUCCAUGACAUAGAUAGUCUCAUAUUUCAUCAUACUAUGCACAAGAAAGAAAAAAUUAGGGGCUGUCAUCAUUGCAAACGUCUUCUCAUUAGCAAAACCUGUAUUCAGUUCCACCAUCUGUGUUGGCCAGAGCCUGCAGGGAUUCUGCAGGAUCCAUUCUCAGUAGGUGAUGUAAUGCCCCUCUCUUUAGGAAAUUUGGCAGUUCAUGGCCAAAAAGGCACCAUGGAGAGCAGUUCUGAGAGACAGCUGCAGAAAAGACUUUUCACUUGUCACAUGUGCAAACAUAGUUACACGCGCCUGUGUAAUCUAAAAAAGCACAAGUGUCAUUUGUUUUCCCAUCGGCAUGUGGAUGGUCUCCCAAAGGACAAAGUCCAUAUGGUGAAAGGAAAUGUAAGAAUAGAUAAUGAGAGUGUGGGGGGAAUGGGAGGGUCAUCCCUGCAAAAGAAUGUUUCUGUAGACACUAAAGCCACUAGUCUUAUCAAAAGGGAGAUGACUGAGUCUAACUCUCCAAGAGGCCCAGAGGUUUCUCUCGGCAUGCUAGCAAAGAACCCAGGAAUAAACUUGGAUGUCUGGCCAGGCUCCCCAAAAAGUUUCAUGCCGUUCCCUUCAAAAUCAGUUAGACGAAACUCAACAGAACUGCAGGAAACAAAGUUGGAAGGCUGGACUGCUUCCACACAGGAGUAUUCAGCUUCAAAGCAUAUGGUACAGGUUAAAACAGAAGGCGAGGUGAAAAAUGUAGAGGCAGAGGAAGAGAAAAGACGCUGGACUAUACCAAUUGAUGAAACUGACAGUGAUCUUCUAGUUGAGGCAGAGCACAGUAAUAAUAAUAAGGAGUUUGUUUUCAGGAAGCCUGGUGUAGGAGAUGGUUUUCCAUUCACAUCCAGUCAGCUAAAUCAUCCAAUCCAUACAUCUGAAAUGGACCAAAGUCAUUUGCCCUGCAGCGGAGUGCCGCAACACAUUCAGGACACACUGUCAAUAAACGCAAAGUCACAUCUGGAAAUCAAGAAAAGGUUUGAAUGUCUCAAUUGUCGGAAGAGCUUCAGUCGCAGAUAUGUUCUCAAUCUGCACAAGAAGAAAUGUAUUCCAAUAAGCAGAAACACAGAAGACAUUGGCAGUCACAGUGAUCAAAAUACUGGAAAAUCCGAGAGAAUAAUUUUGCCACGAGAUCAUCAAGGAUCAUUCCAGGAACCAACAAACCAGGAAAGGAUGCUGAUCCUCACACCAUCUUUUGGGGUUCAGGGUGAUAAUCUUUCUUCGGGGAACUCUUGGGGAAUUACGUCAUUACCACCUGUUUUGCCAAGAAAAGUGACUUGUGAAUGUGGAUCAGUUUUCACCAGCUCUCGUCAACUGUUUGAGCACCUUCAGAUGCAUGCCCAAGAGUCUUACAUUUGUCCUACAUGUGGGAAGAACCUCCACUCUUGGAUGAGUUAUGAGGCCCACCUCCACACACACAAACGCUCAGUUUGUCCAAAGUGUCAGCAGUCUUUCAGCCAGCACAGCUCGUUGGUCCGGCACCUGAAUAAGAAUCGAUGCAAAGCUGAUGGUAUCAUGGGGAAUAAAUUUCUGUGCCCCAGUUGUGGUGUGGAAUUUCUCACUUGUUCCAGGCUUAAGCUCCACAUGCACUACUGUGCAUCCACGCCUUCCAGCAAACCAGUCGUCUGUCCAGUAUGCACACACAGCUUCAGUAGUAACAAGGAGCUCCAGAAACAUUUAAUCACCCACAGUCACACCCAGGCUUUUCGGUGCCACAUCUGCCAGCGCAGCUACCCUAGUCUGAAGUCUCUUAAGAAUCACAAAAGAAAGGUUCACCGAUUGAUGUUUGCUGAAAAUUCCAGAGGGGUUGAUAAAAUAGGUUUGUGAGUGGUUUAUUUUCAAACCAGCAAACAAGAAAAAAAUUUAGUUUAUUCAAAUUAGGAAGAAUUACUGUAUGGUGCUGAAAAGACUUUAUAAUUGUAUAUAAUGAUCUGGAAUAUAAUAUUUAUGUGAACAUUGACAUUUGACUAUUGUAAUUUGUACUGUUUUUUGUUUGGUCUCUCUGAGGUCUUGAAAAGCACUAUAUAAAAAAAAAAACCUCAAUAAUAAUAAGAAUAAGAAGAAGAACUGUGCUUGUGGUUGUUCUUUCAUGUGACUCCACUGAGUAGGACUAGGGCUAAGUGACAUUGUUAAAUUUCCUACAAUAAAUUAUGCUAACUGGCUUAAGGAUUCACCCAGCAGGGAUAAUAACAUAAGAAAUUUACAAAUGAGAGUUGUUAAAAUCUUAUCUAGCCCUGAUUUAAAGGAACCCAGGUUUUUAGCUUGUACUAACAGAGAGUAUUCCAUACUCUAACUAGAUGCUAUGUAAAGAAGCGCUUUCUCAAAUGAAAUUUUAAAAUGUUCUCCCACUAAUUUCCACCUAUGGACUUUGGCUGAACAGCAUCCAGACCUGUUAGAACCAUAUAUACCUGGAUCAUGUCCCCCUUUAGUCUCAUUUGCUCGAGACUGAACAGAUUCAGCUCAGCUAACCUCUCCUCAUAAGACAUUCCUCUAAGACCUGGAAUCAUUCUUGUAGCCCUACGUUGAACCCUUUCCAAGACAGCAAUGUCCUUUUGAAGAUGACCAAACCUGUACACAAUAUUCUAGGUGGGGUCUUACCAAGGAAAUUGUAUAAUCUUAGCAUCACCUCCCUUGAUUUAAACUCCACACACCCAGAGAUAUAACCCAACAUCCUAUUAAAUGUGUAUGCAGUUUAUUUUACAAUAUUCAGAAAAUCAUCUCAUGCCCCACAGUUUGAAAACCAUUGAUUAAUCCAGUAUUCUUGCGAAGUUUGAAAAUGGUCCAUGGUAUAAUUCUACUGUGUUUACAAGUCUUCUGCAACCACUUAUUCUGUCCUUUGCUACCACCUAGUUCCUGCUGCUUCAACUUUGGGGUUACUAGACCCCAAAUUCAAUCAGGUGCAAAUUUUCAUCCACAUAAUGUUUUUCGUGAAAUAGUAAUAUGAUACAUUAAAGAUCAAAUAGAGUAAAUGGGAUAAUAAAAUCAAAUAAAUAUAUCCUGUUCACAAGGUCAAAGUGUCUUCUGUAGCCACCCUUCCCUUUGCUUUGCUUUAUUGCAUUAGUAUUUCAAUUUUGGUGUGAUUUGUCUUGUAAUUUGAGCAGGUUUGGAUCUGGUUCACCUAUACAAUAUGUCUGCGAAGUUUAAAAAUACAAUCCAUCAGAUACUUUUUGAGUUAUCAUGCUAAUGGAAUCAAAUCUCUAAAACUCAUUUUCUUUGCUAACACUAUGUGACCUUGCUUUUUUUGUUACAAUCCGUGUCAAAAUUUGAUCAGUUCAAGUUCAUGGCCCAGAAAAUGUGUCUGCCAAGUUUGAAUAGGACCUUUCGAGUUAUUGCACGUAUGAGAAAGUGUUGGCAGUGGCGGACCAGUACAACAACCAGAUGAAUUCCCCCUCCGUGUAAUACAAGUAGUUCAGUUAAGUUAGUUAAGCAAGCUAAUUUCCUUUUUUUAUAUAUUACUGACAAAAUUUCAGCAUAUUUCAAGGGACCUUAUUUAUUCCAUUGCUUGCCUCAUGUUUGCAUGCUAUUACUCCUUAUGCUGCCUUAGAAAGGGUUCAAACAUAGGGCUACAAAAAUGGUUUCUGGUCUUAGAGGAAUGAAUUAUGAGCACGGGUUAGCUGAGCUGAAUCUGUUUAGCCUCGAGCAAAGGAGACUAAGGGGGGACAUGAUCCAGGCAUAUAAGAUUCUACCAGGUCUGGAUGCUGUUCAACCAAAUAGAUACUUCAGUAUUAGUAAAAGUACAAGAACUCGUGGCCAUAGGUGGAAAUGGGUGGCAGAACAUUUUAAACUGGAUUUGAGAAAGCACUUCCUUACACAGCGUGUAGUUAGAGUAUGGAAUACUCUUCCUGUAAGUGUAGUGCAAGCUAAAACCUUGGAUUCCUUUAAAUCAGAGCUAGAUAAGAUUUUAACAGCUGUAAGCUAUUAGUUGAAUUCUCAAACGAGCUUGAUGGGCCAAAUGGCCUCCUCUCAUUUGUAAAUUUCUUAUGUUCUUAUUCCAACCCUAUUUAUGUGCAGGGUAGAUAAAUUGUUAAAUAUGGAUUUUCCUUAUUGGUGAUUAAUGCAUUCUGAAUAACUUCCAGCUUCCUACUUUAAAAAGUACUAUAAAACAGCUGAAUGGAAUUGAUUUGUAAUGUAAAUCUAUGUAAGUGAAUGCUAAUUCUGCUAGUGGUUGAUGCUAACAUAUCAGGGCAAUUCUCACAGAUGUGCUAGCAGAAUUUAGCACAUAAUAAAUGAUAAUGUACACUAUGUGGACAGUAAAUAAGCAUCUCUUUGGGUUUACAUCACUGUCACUCUGCAAACCCAGCAAUGUUUACGAAGUCGACCCUUCUGCAGUGGAGAACCGAAGCAAACUGGAACUAGUCUUGGUUUGUAUUUUGCGUUGGAUAUGGCUUGGUUCUUAGUGACAAUGGAAAAUCACCAUGUGUUUCAUAUGAUGGACUGGCAGUUUCCUAUACUAGGGAUUACUGCAAUCCAAAUAGGAUAAGCAGUUAUUGAAAUGUUCAUGUGUUUCUUUACCAUUCUUACAUUUACUAUAUGGUUUUUAAUUAGAGAUGAAAGUUGAUCAUCACGUGAAAAUGUGUGUGUGUGUUUUAUAUAUAUACAGUAUAUAAUACACCCAGAUUUCAGCUGUUCAUCUAGACUUGUAUAGUGUGAUAGCGUUUGCUAUCUCUGGUUUUGACAAAACUUCUCUGUUAUGGAAGGACAUUGCUGGGCAUUUUACCAAUAUUUAAUGUUAGAGAUUAAAAAAGGAAAAUGGCAGUCAAAGGACUUUAUUGAAUAAAACCAUAUCAUACUUUAUAAAUACAGUGGUAACUGCUUAUAAUGAUCAUGGUUGUAGGAUCACACACACACACACACACACAAGGUGAUUCAGAUUACAAGACACAGGAAGGCCAGCCUUCCAACUUUUAUGGCUUAGAGAUUUUGAACCCUAGGAAUAACAACCUGGGCCUUGAUUUAAGGUCUGGACUAGAGCCCCUAGACUAAGGGAAGAUGUGCACUUAGGGACUGAUAAGGGUGAAACAAAGAGUGCACCCCCCCCCCCUUUCUCACAUUCAGUACCUUGAAGGAGAUUAGGACUUGUUUCAAGAUUUCCCUGUUGUGUGUUUCUUGUCUAAGUGUUUAGUAUUUAUCAGCAUUGAUAGCUAUAUAUGUCUGUAUGUUCCUUUAAAUUAUUUUGUUAAUUUUGUCACCCUUAUAAAAGUGCCUUACAUAUUAUCUGUCUUCUCAACAUUAUGAAUUAAAUAUAUAAAUAUAUUUAGUCAUAUAAUAAUAAUUAAUAUUUUAUUGAUCCCUGUGGAGAAACUGUCUUUAUCCCUCCCUCAACCUGCUAUUUUUUGUAGAGUAAGCUGCCUGUGCUGGGCAGCGAGCCAUAGCAGCGCCCAGGGAGCUGGAGGUUAGGGGUCUUGCUCAAGGAGUUGCAGAUGUGCUGAGGCUGGGUUUGUACCAAGAACCUUAAGAUUACAGGCACACAGGCUUAGCCCACUGAGCCACAUGCUGCCGCUUAAUACACAUAUCCACUUACUCUUGUGUCUAUCAUGGAGGAAUUAGGAAACAUUUAAGGAAAUGGAUCAACCAUGUAUCAUAGUUAUCACUUUGCCACUUGUAAUGCGUGUUACAUGAACAAACUCUGUUUGUUUAACCUAAUUCACAGACCCCCACCUUCUCCCUACAUUCUAGAGGAAUCUUAAAUAAGCCAUUUUGGUACAUUCCUUUUUGUUCUUACAUUCGUCCAACCCUUACAUUGAAUGAAUAAAUUAAUAUGCGUGUUAAACACGAAUAUCAAAUUAUUGUAAUAAUCCCAAGUUAAGAACAAAUUGUAAUCUACAAAUGUUAAAUUGAAACUUACUCUCUGAAACUAUAAUGACCUCUUAAACUGACCCAGAAUUAAGAUGUGCUGUUAUGUAAUUUGGAAUAGAACUUAUGUGAACCUUAUCUAAUGUGUCAAUAUCUAGUGAUGUAUAACAUAAUCCGUGCAUACUAUAUACCAAUGAAUAAUCUCAUGUACAAUGUAAGAAUUAAUUUAUGCAGAUCAUACGAUGUGUAAACCUCCGGAUUGCGAUGUCAUGUUUGGUAUUAAAUUGACUGAAAUAUUGUCAUAAACCCGAAUUUGAUCAUGGAUAUUCAUGUAUCACUUUAAUCGAAAUUAGCUCUAAAGUUGCUUCACUGUAUGGCAAUAAAUCCAUGGGAGCACUAUACACACCCCCAGCCACAAAUUAUUGGCCUGAGAGAUCAAUGGUUUCCUGUGCAGAACAGUAUUUCCUUUAAGGAUACCCAUUUCAAUUAAGUUACUGCUUCCGAUAUUCCAUCUUACUCAUUGAUUGUAUUGUUUUGUUCUGUUCUGUUAAUUUGUCUUUGUUUCAUGUUAAGAGUAAUGUCUGUCAUGUGUUAGUUGUAGUGUUAGGAAUAAAUACAUGCCUUUUAUGCACUGUGAAUCUCCAGCUGAAUAACUGCCUCGUCAUUAAGUAAUUUCACUGCUACCAAAUCGCUACUAAGCUUGUGAAGUCUCAAGCUUGUCCAUGAGCAGAGUUUUUCUAUAUAGCUGCUGCAGACCUGGUGAGACUUAUGAACAUUCCAGUAACUGAACAAUUAGGACUUCUAUAAUAUUGUUUAUUGGAGAAACAAACCAUUGUUUGAUUUAUUGAUUGACUGGUAAAUUAAUUUAUAAUUUCCCUACAUAUUGGUGGAGACAAAUUAUUUGAGCUAAUUUUUCCUACACGGUUAUAGUGAUCACCUGCUUUUAUGGAUCAAAAAGCUUGGGACAGAAUCAUUCCUGUAUAAAAAUACAGUUAAAAUAAUUUGCUUAUGGUAAUCGAGCAGCCUGCAUACAGUGUUCAUUUCGGGGUUUUUUUUUUAUACAUGACAACAUAUGAAAAAAAAAUUAAAAUUGGUAAAGUUGUUUUCUCUCAAUGACAAAUAUAGACUCAUCAAAGCUCAUGAUAAACUAACAAGCAGCAAAAGUACAGUAAGCUAUUUUAUGUACUGUAUUAUAGCAUAUUUGAAUUAUAUUGUUCAUAGGGAGCCACAUUGUUACCCACGAUAAAUUUCGUCACAAUGCAUUUUGUCAUACCCGGCUCGUCCGCUCCUCGUGUGUGCCACGCCCCCUGAUUAUCCACGUGUGCUUCCCCGAUCUAGCCCAGCUGUAUCUGAUUAUUUUCACCCAGUCCUGUAUAUUUCAGUCCAUGUCUUGCCUUAGUUCUUUGUCCAUCAUUGAUGUUAGUCGAUGUUCGAGCUUUUGUUCCGUUCCAUUCUGUCCUGCCCUUACCUUGAAUAAAUCCCCAGUUUUCCCCUU